CUGAAUUUAGCUAGUAUAGUGCUUGUGCUUAUACUACCAGGGAUCGAUACACCUUGGUUGACAGGAAAAUUAUUAGUCAGAGAUGAGGAGCUCCGCGGCUGUAGUCCGGGCGGCACUGCUCGUCCUUGGCGCGCUGCUACUCCCUGCCCACCAUGUGAUGGCCGACUACUCGGCCGUGGCACCGACGCCCCCGCCGCCUAAGCCGGCCAGUGCCAUUUCCAAGCCCCCGUUGCCAGCCAAUGACACCAACAUGUCGCCGUCCCCGUCGCCGCCUGUCCAGCCGGUGCCACCUUUCGUGGUCGUGCAGGGCGUGAUCUACUGCAAGUCAUGCAAAUCCAGGGGCUACAACCGCGGCAUGGACGCCUCACCGAUCCAAGGUGCAACGGUGAAUCUGGUGUGCUACGGGAAGAAGGUGGUGAACGUGACGGCGACGGUGUCGGACGAGCGCGGCUACUUCCUGGUGAUGUUCUACGACCUGGCCAACUUCAACGCGCGCAACUGCAAGCUGUACCUGGGCACGUCGCCGACGCCGCUCUGCGACAAGCCCGUCUACCCGCCGAACAAGUGGAUCGGGCUCUCGCUCGUCAAAGAGACCGUCACCUCGCCGCCGGCGGGGCUGCAGGGCGUCUACUGCCCCACCAGCGUCCUCUUCUACGGCCCCUCCGCCGGACAGCAUUGCCCAUUUUAUUGACCGCGCCGCCUCGAUCCAGCUGGUACUGAGUAAUAAUCAACUAGUCAUAUGCAGUUGAUGGAUGAUUCAUGAUUGACAGUGUUGUGCUUGCAGUGGUGCAUAUUUGUGCAUUUAUGUGUUCGUGUUCCUAGCAGCUAGCCAAUUUACGUUAAGUUCUUCUAGUUCGUGGGGUUGGUGCAGUUCCAGUGUAGUGCUAGUAUCUUGAGCUUUCAGUGGCCUCUGUUCCCCUCACAUAACUAUGAUUCUUCUGCCAACGUGCAUUAUUUUAA